UCACUUGACUAAGCCCCCCACAGCCUUUGGAUUGAUUUGAUGGUCCAGAUAAAUCAAUUAAUUAUUAUUAAAUGAGAAGGGUAGUUUUGGCAUUAUCAAUAAAUUAUUAACUUCUAUUUUUUUAUUUUAUUUUAUUUAUUAUUAUUGAAUUCUUUUUUUCCAUCUGCAACACGUCUCUUCCCUUUCCCUUUUUUGCAAUGUCCAGAGAGAGAGAGAAAGCCAUGACGGAGGAGGAGGAGAGAGAAAGAGAAAGGCGGCGGCGCUACGCUGGAGGAGAGAAAGGCGAUGCCAACGCCGGCGAUGAUGGAGAUCUCGACGGGAACGACGACAACGGAGAUCUCGACGGCGCCGACGGUGGAGAGAGGGAAAGGAGAUCGCGACAGAGGCGGCAGGCUUGGAGAGAGAAAGAGCAGAUCUAGCCGUCGUCGUCGAAAAACAGAGGAGAGAGAGAGAUGAUGGUGGAGGAGAGAGAGGCGACGGAGAGAGCGCGUCGGGACGGUGGAGGAGAGAGAGGCGGUGCGGCGAUGGAGAGAGAGAGAUGGAAACAACAGUAGAGAAAGUCAGCGGCGGCGGCAGUGGAAAGAGAGUCGACGGCGGCGACAACAGUGGAGAGAGAGGGAAGAACAAUUAUUUGUAAUGCAAGUGUUGUCGGUUUGUAUUGUUAGUAUUUUUGUACAUAAUGUCAGUGUGAUUUGUAUGUUUUGUAAAAAUGACAAAUAUGUUGGACAAAAAUAACAAAGCUUACAAACAUUA